AUGGCACGGUGUCACUGUCGAUGGUAUAAAGUGGUCUUCUGCCUGUGCAGCCCGUGCAUCUGCCUGCUCCUGUUCUUGCUCUGCAUCUAUGUCAUGCUGGGUAUCAAAAUGACAAACUCCAGUUUCAAUAUGAGCCCAACGGGUGCUCACUUUGUGGCCUCCGGAACUUUCAGAAACGCCGGCUUUGCCCCGAUGCCUAGAACUUUCUGGGCGCAACCCUCGCAAGUCAAAGCCCUCUGGAACCAUCUGCAGCUGGUCAGCGAGCGCCAAUACAACCCCAUCCUGCGUCCCCACAACAGCAAGGUGAGGUUUGACACUGAGUCCCUUGUGUGGGAAGGUUUCUCUGAAGUUACAGAUUUGGAGAAUGGGAUAUCAAACUUUGGCGGGCAACCACAGCUAAUGAAAGAGUUUGUGAGCCACAUGCAACAGAGGGAUUUUCCGAUCCUGAUACAGCCAGAUGGAAUAUGUGGCGCUGGGGCAAAAAACGAGAAGAAGCGCCCUCUUCUUCUCAUGGCCAUCAAGUCCUCAGAGCUGAACUUAAGGAACCGACAUGCCAUUCGACAGACGUGGGGCCGGGCGGGGUGGGUGGCAGGACACAGCAGGAACAGAAGCAGAGGAGAAGAAAUUGGGGGGUAUGUCCACAGGGUCUUCCUGCUCGGCCGAGAAAGCCCAGAGAACUUGGGUGUAGAUGUGUCGGAGUUACUGCAGACAGAGAGUAAACUGUAUGGAGACAUUCUGCAGUGGGACUUCAAGGACACAUUUUUCAACCUCACCCUGAAGGACGUGCUCUUCUGGAACUGGUUCUCACGUGUCUGCGGCCCCAUUCACUUCGUCUUCAAGGGAGACGACGACAUCUUCGUCAACACCAUGAAACUGAUAACCUAUCUGCAGGACCAGCUCAACAAGCCACAAGCACACAAGACGAUGAAAGACUUCAUGGUCGGACAAGUCAGCAACGUGUCAUUGCCCGUCCGAGCAAGCAACUCCAAGUACUUCAUCCCUGACAGCUUCUACAAGGGGCUCUAUCCUCCGUACGCAAGCGGGGGUGGGGUGGUGUACUCAGGCCUGCUGACCAGACGUCUACACAAGAUGUCCAAAAGGGUUCACCUAUUCCCCAUCGACGACGUUUACGUGGGUAUGUGUAUGGACCGGCUCAACACCUCCCCAAUCCACCACCCUGCCUUCCUCAUGUUUGGCUUUGACGAAAAAGAAGAGAAGGAGCCUUGUUUGUAUCACAGGAUCUUAUUGGUCCACAAGCGAAGCCCCAUAGAGAUGGUGAACCUGUGGGUGUACAUGAAAAAGACACAGAUACAGUGUUGGGACGUGCCCUUGAGGGAAACAGGCCAAGGACAAGGAACCUAACCUCUGUUUUACAAAGACUUCUUACCACAAUUUGAACAUCUAUGCUUAACCCUCUUCCUCUUUUUAGGGGCAUAAACAUCGAACAUCUACCUCCAUCUGGGCCUCUCCCAUUUCAGACUCUUCUCUUUCAGCUCGGCAGUCACAGUUUGUUCCCAUGUUGUUUUUGGCCGACCUUGUUGGAGUUUAUCAGGUGGUGUCCAUCUUAGGGCGAUCUUUGUAAUGCGGUUCUGGUCCAUUGAGGACAUUCCCAAGCCAACGUAUCCGCCGACAAUCUGAUCUCACUUGAACAUUUGAAAAAGUGACAGUGCAACUAAUGAUGUCUGUAUUUAUUUACCAUUCAUUAUCUAGAUGCUAUAUUUAAUUUUAGGUCAUGAGCUAGAUGGUCUAAGUCAUGUUUUUGAAAGGGUCUUAAUAUGCUAAAUAUGAUUUGAAGACACAUAAUUCAAACUACAUCCUUCCAAUCUUCAAAAACAAAUGGUACUAAUAAUGUGCAUACACAUAGAUAAUAGUAAAGUGGUUGUUUAACUUUAAACCCCCAGACACAUCAUACACACACUCAUUAGACGUUCUACCACUUUUCAGCAGAAAGCUCUUGGCAUGGGGUCUCUCCUGUACAGCCAAUCAUAGACUUUAAGGGGUUCUCACAAAAUUGUCAGUAUAUAUAUAUAUAUUGACGUAAUCGGCCAUUCUUCGGGGGCCCAUACAAUUGCCUGCUUUGCUCUCCUUGUUUCAACUUCCCUGAUAUGGACAUAGACGAUAAAAGAACUUGUAACAUAUUGAGCACAUGUACUGUAUCAUUGUGUCAUUGUUGUAUUGUAAAAUAGCCAGUAAACCUUAUUUUCUAGUCAUUUUUUCCCCUGCUAAAUGAUCCACAAUAACAAUCUGACUCCAUUCAUUAUUCAUAUCCAAAGGCAGAGUGAUCUAGAUAUGUUAUGUUAUCACCCUAUUAACAACAGGUCAGUGUUUUGGGGAAUAAUUAGAUGCUAAGUGCUUUAUUCAUGUGAAUAUCUUGUGUAUAUCCUCACUCACUCUAAAUGCUAUUGUACCAACACACUCAUGGAUAAUAGUCCCCUCAAUAUAUGUAUGAUUUGUUUCAUCUGGAUCCAACAACUUUUAAGAAAAUGGAAGAAAAAAAACUCCUGGAUCCACCACCAACAUUUAAGGGUUCUUCACUGACCCAUGUCACAUCUU